UUUUUGUUGUAAGUCAUGUAGCUUUGAAUCAAUUGGUUUACAUUGAGUCUUGGGUUCGCAAAAUUCAGAAAGAUAAAGCAAAGAGAGAGAAAAUGGUUAUCGAGGAUAAGAGUGAUUGCACGGAUAAGACUGGUCCACAGAAGGAUAAUGGUAUCAAUGCAGAGCUAGGCCUAGCAGCUUCUGAAGAUGCAUUGCUCGAUACACUAUCUGAAAGAGCAGAGAAAGAAAUUGUAUCUGGCGGUUCCCGUGAAAAAAACUUGAUUGGCCAUUGCAUGCCUUUUCUUUCGAAGCUCUGCAGGAAUUACAAUUUGAUGCAGAAGUACCCUGAACUGCAAGCAUCUGGAAUGCUUGCAUUAUGCCGAUUUAUGAUAAUUGAUGCUGACUUCUGUGAUGCAAAUCUCCAGCUUCUUUUCACUGUUGUGGAGAAUGCACCGUCUGAAACUGUUCGAUCAAAUUGCACAGUUGCUCUUGGAGAUCUGGCAGUUCGUUUUCCUAAUCUGCUAGAGCCAUGGACAGAGCACAUGUAUGCACGAUUAAGAGAUCCAUCAGUUUCUGUGCGGAAGAAUGCUGUAUUGGUUCUUUCUCAUCUGAUACUGAAUGACAUGAUGAAGGUGAAAGGUUAUAUAAAUGAAAUGGCCAUCUGCCUGGACGAUGAAGAUGAAAGAAUUUCAAAUCUUGCCAAACUUUUCUUUCAUGAGUUGUCAAAGAAAGGGAGCAAUCCAAUUUAUAACCUACUUCCAGAUAUUCUUGGCAAGUUAUCUAGCCAGAACUUGAAGGAAGAAUCAUUCUGCAGCAUCAUGCAAUUUUUAAUUGCUUCAAUUAAGAAGGACAAGCAAAUGGAAGCUCUUGUCGAGAAGCUUUGCAAUAGAUUUUGUGGAGUUACUGAUAUUAGGUUAUACGAGUACAUAUCCUAUUGCCUUUCUCAGCUAUCAUACACUGAUAAAAGCAUGAGAAAGCUGAUAGAGUUGUUUAAAACGUAUGAGCAUGCCUUAUCUGAAGACUCUGUGAUGGACAAUUUUCGAACUAUUAUCAACAAGGGGAAGAAAUUUGCUAAACCUGAACUCAAAUCAUGCAUUGAGGAGUUUGAGGAGAAGUUGAAUAAGUUCCACAUCGAGAGGAAGGAACAAGAACUUACUGCCAAAAAUGCUCAAAGCCAUCAACAGAAAGUGGACAGCAUGGAGAGCAUCACGGUGGCUCAAAAAGAAGAAGAGGAGAUUGAUGAAUCUGAAACUACAGAAGAUUCUGAAGUCACCGAUCCAUCAACGGAAGUGCAAACAGAAUGUUCCCCUUCAGAACCAGCAUGUUCUGAGUCGGAAUCAAAUUCUCAUGCUUCCAGUGAGGUGACUGAUUCAGCAAUUGAUGAAAGUGAAGUUCAAUCCCCUACAAGUCGCACCAGAGGUGCCACUAGAUCCAGAGCUAAGAACAGCAGUAAAAGUGAUCAAAACCUUGGCACUUCCAAUUCCACUCGAUCCAGAGCUACGAACAGCAGCAAGAGUGAUCAAAACCUUGGCACUUCCAAUUCCACUCGAUCCAGAGCUACGAACAGCGGCAAAAGUGAUCAAAAUCUCGAUGCUUCUAAUUCCACUAGAAGAAUAACCAGGUCCAGCCGAAGGUCCUAAACUACCCUCUUAGAAUUAAACGUUUCCUUGCAUUUCCAGUUUAGUCGCGGCAGUUGACCUUCCUUACAACUGUUCUGUAUGCUAACUUUGUGGAUGGUCAAUGUUUCUCUUUGCCCUUUUCUCUGAGUUAAGCAUGUCGUGGAUCAUUUUUCUCGAUAAAAAUGCAAUAUUCAGUUUGCGGCU